AUGGCGUCCGCAACACCCACAGACCCAACAAUGCCCUCUCACUACACAUCCUCCCAAACAGCUUUCUUACUUCUCGACUUCCACAGUAUGUUCGUUGAGGGAGUCGCCAAUUCCAAAGGUCAUGAUGCCCUCUCAGUCGCCGCUGAUACCAAAUCAUGGGCCAAAUCCAAAGGCAUGCAAGUCAUCCACUGCCUCAUCGACGCCGACAAGACGCCGUUUUCGACCUGCAAAAAUAAACAACGUUUAGCUUCAAUGAUAGGCGCGUUUCAAAGUGGCGGUGGGGAUGAGCCUGCAUCGCUACUCGAGGACUCCGAUGGCGAGGUUACCUACCUGCGACGGGGAGGCUAUGUGUCCGCGCUGAAGUCACCUGGCCUCGUGGAAUAUCUGCGAGUAAAAGGGAUCACGAGUUUGGUGUUGACUGGUCUCAGCACGUCCGGAUGUGUGUUAAGGACUGCAGCUGCGGCAUGUGACGAGGAGUUUGUGGUUACGGUGUUGGAAGAUGGGUGCGCCGACGGAGAGCAGGACGUGCAUGACGCGCUUGUAAAGAAAGUGUUGGCAGGUCGGGGAUACGUGUAUACGGCACAGGCGUUCCGCGAUGGUUGGGAAAAGCGCACUUUGGGUGUAUAA